ACUGACACCGCCACCAUGUUGGAUCAGGAAGUGGCCAGAGCCGGAGCAGGAAUCCCGAGCAGGGCUUAACGCGAGCGGCCGCCUUCACUCGAUCGCUCCACCGUUUCACCGUCCUCACCUUCGACCCCCCCCCCCGGGUUUACAUGCCGUCUGGCUUCCCUGAAGGUCGAGGUAGGCGCUUCUCUCCGCAUCUGACCGAUCUGCAGCCGCCGCUAUGAACGCGCUCUCGCAGAGGACCUCGGGCCUCGUCCAGCGGCGGACCGAGGCCAUUCGCAGCGCCGCCGCCGACAAGGAGAAGGAGUCCGGCGGCGAGGAGGAGGAGGUGCGCCGCGGGGAGGAGGAGGAGGACGACAAGACGGACUCGAAGGAAACCCGGCUCACCCUGAUGGAGGAAGUGCUGCUGCUGGGCCUCAAGGAUCGAGAGGGCUACACCUCCUUCUGGAACGACUGCAUUUCUUCCGGCCUCCGCGGGUGCAUGCUGGUGGAGCUGGCGCUCAGAGGGCGGCUACAGCUGGAGGCCUGCGGCAUGAGGAGGAAGAGCCUGCUGUCCAGGAAGGUGAUCUGCAAGUCAGAUGCCCCGACGGGAGAUGUGCUACUGGAUGAGGCCUUGAAGCACAUUAAAGAGACCCAGCCACCAGAGACGGUCCAGAGCUGGAUAGAGCUGCUGAGUGGAGAGACCUGGAAUCCCCUGAAGCUGCACUACCAGCUGAGAAAUGUUCGAGAGCGUCUGGCUAAAAACCUGGUGGAGAAAGGUGUCCUCACCACGGAGAAACAGAACUUCCUGCUUUUUGACAUGACCACACAUCCGCUCACCAACAACACCAUUAAACAGCGCCUCGUCAAGAGAGUCCAGGAAUCUGUUUUGGAGAAAUGGGUCAACGACCCUCACCGGAUGGACAAGCGGAUCCUGGCUCUGAUCCUUCUGGCCCACUCAUCCGACGUCCUCGAGAAUGCCUUCGCCCCACUCCAAGACGAACACUACGACCUGGGCAUGAAGAGAGUGCACACCCUGCUGGAGCUGGAGCCGGAGAAAGAGUGCACGAAGCCCAGCGCCAAUGAACUCAUGUGGGCUGUCGUGGCCGCAUUUACUAAAUGAAAAUGCCUGGUUGGUUGGACUGGAAGAUCUGGCUAUGGUCUGUGUUAUUUAAUUGGUUGAAGGACUUCACUUAAUCAGACAGACUUCAUUUUAAUGAGACAAUCUAUUUUGGUUGGGGAGCCUGUUUGUACUGUACAUCUAUUCCGGAGGAUUUUUUUGGCGGGGGGGGGGGGCAUAUUAACCCAGUGCAAUCUGAUAGGUGGUGGGGUUCACCAAGUAACGUGGUCGGCCGGGAAAGUCUCUAAAUGAAAAACGACUGGCUGCUUUUGCACAGUGAGGUGAAGUGAUCUGCCAUAAUGAGGCUGGAUGCACUUCUGAACACUGACUCUACGAACAGCUGGGCCUCUGUUGAUGUUUGACGGCAUCAAAGAGCGAAGUGGGUGAAAGCAGCAGUCAUGGUGAAUAUGAAGAUUUUGACUCAAGUAUCCCUUCUACACUAACAAAACCUCAUCUCUACGUUACAAGACCUGGCCAGAAUCAAACCCUGGUCUCCAUACUUUUCCCCAUGCUUAUGCAAGGAUAAAGGAUAGCGAGCUAUUGAUGCUCUUUGCACUCAACGCAGGGUCUCCUGCUUCCACCUACUCAUUCCCACCCUUGUUGGGGGUUCAUGCUUGGGGCUACUGUUAGAACACAAUACCUGAAUGUUUGACCUAUUUCCCUCUUGUCUCGUCGUUAAAUUAAUUUCCUACUCAUCGCAUUUUAUUUUUUUUUGAGGAGAGAGAGGACCGACAUCGACGCUUUUAGUUUAGUCCCUGCAUCAUCGAGAGUGAGCUGUGCGUAGUCAAGAAAACAUUUUAUCUUAUUAGGCCGCUUUUUUUGUUGUUGUUGCAAGGGUCCAUUCUGUGAUCAUGAAACGAGAUUAGUCUUCCAUUUUUAUUUAUGUCGCUAAUCGAUGCUCGGAUUUGCCUGCCAUUUAUCAACGCUUUUUGCACAGUCGUAGGAAAGUAUUUAUAGGGAUUUUUCUUUAGUUGAGUAACCCACUUGUGAAAAUGCGAUUGUGAGUAAUGAACCUUAGCAUCGAUGGUAAAGAAAAAGAUCGCACUUAUUUUCUCUACAGUUAUUGAUCUCUCUAUUGAUGAUGACUACUUUAAAAUCAUUCCGCUGCCUUUAUUUGAGAAAAAAAACACGUCUCUUAUUUUUAAGUGUGACUCUGAAGACAUGAGGGGAGACAGUGAUUGAGUCUGUUCAGAUUGGGAUCUCUGUGGACACCCCACACAAGAAGGGACAAUUCACCCAAAUU